AUGACUCUGAAGCUUCGCGAGCUUUCACCGUCUGUCUCAGCAGUCUCGGCUCUCAUCCCUACAAUCGCACGGGUUCAUCUCGCAGCAUGGCUGACCAACACACUAUACCGAACGAUCUACUAUGGCCCGCCGUCCAGCCAUGCUGCUAUCAUCGAAGCUAACCGGCAGCGACACAUGCAGAACUUUACCUCGAAUCCAAACGCUCGGUUUGUGGUGAUCUUGGACGACACCAUUGGCAAUGACGGGAAUCCAGAUCACCCUGCGGCAAGCCAACUCAUUGCAUGGGCAAAGUACGACAUAUUCGCGACUCCUGAUGCGGCGGAGUCACGACAAGACACAGGAAAGCGCACUUGGCCUCCCUACACGAACGUCGCGCUGGUGAAUCAUUUCUGGGACAUGUUGGUCAUUUCCCGCCAACAAAACAGCAAAGCGAUCGGAGCUCACAUCAGUGUCGACCUGCUCGCCACAGAUCCAGUUCAUCACCGUCGCGGAGCAGGUCGCAUGCUGAUGCAAUAUAUCGCCAAGAAGGCUGAUGAAAUGGGCCUGCCUGCUACGGUUGAAGGUAGCCCCGAGGGCAUAAAGCUUUACAGAUCUGUAGGAUUUGAGCCAGUGAAUGAAUUCUGGGUUGACCUGCUACGGUUCGAAGGUGGUGAGGAUAAAGGUGAAGAGUGGACGGAGGACCAGGGCAGGACACUCGGACAAGGCCCAGGUUGGUAUAAGCAGGUUGCGAUGGUUCGACAGCCUGCGAGACUAGAAUGA